AUGCGGAAGCAAGAUGGAAGUGCCGAGACAGGCCAUGAACUGUGUCACGUAGUUGUCGUCGACAAAGUGGAUGGAGAGGCGGCUGAGUUGGAUACAAGAACUGAUGAAGCGAAGCAACUAGUUGCCAGCGUGCGAGAUUGCGAAGACACUGAAUUGCCCGCUCAUUUACCUUCAACAUGGCCAAACGGUCGCAGAAGCAGUGCAGCUGCAACCAACGAGUUUGAUCCUGUUAGGACUACCCGGUGGCAAAGUGUGUUGAACUUCGUUGUCAUUCUCUACCUGAUCUUUCUCAAUAUUACAAACGCUCAGGAAAGAUGGGUAAUAAAAGGAGUAGGAAGUCUCCACGAGUCGCAGGAUGCCUCGCCAGCUCCUAGAGAAGGUUAUCGUGAAAGGCAGCUCUUAAUUGUUGAUGAGGAAAUGGAGGACCAGAAUGAUUUAUUGGAAUUGAUGGACGAAAUGAGUCGGUGA